GAAAAUGUCUAGUUCCUACCGGAGACUUUGUCGGAAGCAUUUCUGAGCUGGACCGAGGCUACUUCCGGUCUCAUUCAACUGGAGCACGACGCCUGUUUUUUAAAACGGCAGCUGAUUUCUGUGACCUGACAUCAUGACGCUGUUUCACUUUGGGAACUGCUUUGCUCUGGCGUAUUUCCCUUACUUCAUAACAUACAAGUGCAGCGGCCUUUCAGAGUACAACGCCUUUUGGAGAUGUGUCCAGGCAGGAGCAACGUACCUGUUCGUCCAGCUCUGUAAGAUGCUCUUUUUGGCUACAUUUUUCCCCACAUGGGAAGGAGGAGCUGGUAUUUAUGAUUUCGUUGGGGAAUUCAUGAAGGCAACAGUAGACCUGGCCGACCUGCUGGGUCUCCACCUCGUGAUGUCUCGUAACCCUGGUAAAGGAGAGUACAAGAUCAUGGUGGCUGCCAUGGGCUGGGCGACAGCAGAGCUUGUGAUGUCCAGGUGUCUCCCUCUGUGGGUGGGAGCCCGAGGGAUUGAGUUUGACUGGAAGUACAUCCAGAUGAGCUUCGACUCCAACAUUAGUUUGGUCCAUUAUAUCGCCAUGGCAGCAGUGGUGUGGAUGUUCACACGGUAUGACCUUCCUAAGACCUUCAGGCUUCCCGUCACAGUGCUGCUGGCUCUUUGUGUCUACAAGGCCUUCCUAAUGGAGUUGUUUGUCCAUGUCUUCCUUCUGGGCAGCUGGACCGUGCUGCUGGUGAAAGCCGUGCUGACCGGUGCCAUCUCUCUCUGCUCACUGUUUCUCUUUGUCACUCUGGUCCACAGCAACUAAGAAACACUCUGAGAAAAUCCUGCAUCAGUGUCUUUGGUCCUGACUGAACAUGUAAAUCCUGAAUGGACCUCUCAGUCUUCUUAUCACCUUAAAUCAUCAAAGACUGAUAAAGACUGCUUGUUGCUGUUUGGUAGUUGGACUGGUCUGGCGUACAAAGCGAGCUAGCAUACCGUCUACCAACUGAUGGGCUAACCAGUCCGUCUGGUUUGUUUGUCUCUACUCGGAGGAGUUGUGCAUCUGUAUGAUCAGACCUGCUAAGCUGUGAUGUUUUUUAAAGGGUGCAUUUUGUAUCAGUUUGACCACCGAUGAAUUUAAACUUUAGAAAUGACUUAUUAUCUUCUUUGAGUUGUCCACUGGGCCUGCGUGAAGACUUAGAUUAAAAAGUCACAUUUAUAUGUAACAGAUGACCGUGUUAGUACCUUGAUGAUUCAUUAUGUCGCCACAAAUUUAUCCAUUUAUUUAUAUCAAAUGAAUAAAACAAGUAGUUACAACAUCAGUGUAGCAAUAUGUUUUGUGUUAUUAAUAAAUAGUAAUAAAAGUUCAAAUGUUUAAUUUAAAAAUCUGAAAGCAGUCUUUGUUAUUAUUACGAGGACUUUCCAACAAGAUGACCACAUGGUGUUGAAGCGAAAGCCUCUGUGAUUCCUGAUGUUUGAUUAAUAAACAUGUUUGUUUUUUUGUUA